CAUUAGAGGCGGGUGUGUUGUUGUAGCUCUCUUGUCAGACGAAAAUAAACCAUAUUUAUGUAGCUACCCGUAUUACAUAUUUUAGCCAUUUUGAAAGCCUUGGAUCCAUUUGUGUUUCAGUCCUUGGGUGCGGUUCUACAAUUUGUGUCGUAUAUUUAUUUCCCAUCAACAAUGCAACAGAAUGAGUCUGCAUGAGAUCAGUGAAAACGUGAAACUUGCUCGAGAGUUUGCAUUACUUGGGAACUACAGUUCUGCUAUUGUUUGCUAUCAGGGAGUACUUGAACAAAUCAAGAAACACCUUUUUACAGUACGGGACAGCAGUAGCUUCCAACAAAGAUGGCAAAAGGUAUGGCAAGAGAUAAACGAAGAAAACAAACAGGUUGAAGAAAUAAUGACAACUCUAGAAAGUUUUCAACUGGAGACCACCCCAUCCAAACCACCAAGUAAUAAAGAUGGCAGUAGUGACAUGUGGCCUGUACAAGUAGAGUGCAGAUCCUCUCCUCUUCCGGUUAGGGGUCCCCCGGUUCCCUACAAAGACUGUAAACCUCACAACAACCGCCUGAGUGUGGCCGGUGUGCGGGCUCCGCAUCGCCAGUCACCACGCGGGCCCAAUGGUGACCGAGCCAAACCUUUGAAGGGCAAGGAAAAGAAAGAGGCCCCAGCCAAACCAAAAGACGACAAGAACAAAUCUGAAGUCUCUGAGAAAGAGAAAGAUGUGAAGAAGUUUGAUGGGCAAGGAUAUGACAAAGACCUUAUUGAGGCCCUGGAGAGAGACAUCAUAUCACAGAACCCCAAUGUUAAAUGGGAUGAUAUUGCAGAUUUGGAAGAAGCAAAAAAGCUUUUAAAAGAAGCUGUUGUGCUACCCAUGUGGAUGCCUGAGUUUUUCAAAGGCAUACGAAGACCAUGGAAGGGUGUGCUUAUGGUGGGUCCUCCAGGCACAGGAAAGACUCUUCUGGCUAAAGCCGUCGCGACAGAGUGCAGAACCACAUUCUUCAAUGUUUCAUCUUCAACUCUCACUUCCAAGUACAGAGGAGAGUCUGAAAAACUGGUCCGCCUUCUAUUUGAAAUGGCCCGGUUCUAUGCUCCCACCACCAUAUUCAUUGAUGAGGUUGACUCCAUGUGCAGCCGCAGAGGAACAUCAGAUGAACAUGAGGCUAGCCGGCGGGUGAAGGCAGAGCUGCUGGUUCAGAUGGAUGGUGUGGGAGGGGCAUCAGAGAAUGAGGAUCCCUCUAGGAUGGUGAUGGUGCUGGCAGCCACUAACUUCCCCUGGGAUAUUGAUGAGGCUCUGAGGCGACGUCUGGAGAAGAGAAUCUACAUCCCUCUGCCUUCAGCCAAGGGCAGAGUGGAGCUGCUGAAGAUCAACCUAAAGGAGCUGGAGCUGGCCAAUGAUGUGGACAUGGCAAAGAUAGCAGAGCAGAUGGAGGGCUACUCAGGAGCUGACAUCACCAAUGUGUGCAGGGAUGCCUCUCUGAUGGCCAUGCGGCGAAGGAUCGUGGGGCUAACGCCAGAGGAGAUCCGUAACAUCUCCCGAGAUGAGAUGCACAUGCCUACCACCAUGGAGGACUUUGAGUCUUCUCUGAAGAAAGUGUCCAAGUCUGUAUCAGCUUCCGACCUGGAGAAGUACGAGAAGUGGAUUGAAGAGUUUGGCUCCUGCUGAGAGUUAAUCAGGAAGCAUGCAGCGUCUCAAAUCUGCAGGGGAAUUAGUGGGAGGCUCAGUUGAUAUUCUGGGAACAAUAAUUGAACUAAUGUCUUCCUUUUCUUUGUAAAUUAUUUAUAUCUUAGGCUAUGUGAUGCAACAUGCCUUAAAGUAGACUAUCUAUUUGCUUCUCUUGGUCAAUGUCCUCCUGGAUACGACCCUUAGCUGUGGUAUAUUGGCCAUAUAUUGCCAUAUACCACACCCUGAGGUGCCUUGUAUUGAUUAUAAACUGGUU